ACCCCGUUUCCCCCGGGGCCUGCGCCUGCCUGCCGUUCGGGGUGGUGUCUGUGGCUGCUCGGAGGGCUCCGCCGAUAGGUUCCCCCUCGCCUCCAUCCCGCUCGCUUUCGGGGAAGAACCUGUCCUUUUUGAAAGUUUCGUGUGAACUCGCCAAGGGUUUACAUGCUCAUUUAGCUGUAAAAAGAGUGAAAGGAACAAAUCAGCUUCCUCUCCAGAGGUUGAUUCCAGUUGGGAGAAGUCAAUUUGAAAGCAUGUCUAGCCCUCACAUCUGAAGUCUAGUGUGUCAUAACCUGAGGACCUCACCAAUUGGAAGUUGCAGUUUCAUGUCAGCCCGCCAUAUCCCUUUUGAUCAAUUUUUUUUUCCUCAAAAAGUAGAAGCAGCUCUAUCAAGUCACUUUUGUUGCAAACGUGCAAAUGGCUAACAAUGGCUUGGAUAAAAAGCCUACGAAAUGCCCUACCCGUGAAUCCUCUCAGGCAGAACUGCUCUGUGUGAACUCCUGUACCUCCAGCAUUGCUCCAGUCUUGGUGGUGGAGAUGUCACAGACAUCGAGUAUCAACAGUGCAGAAAUUUUAGUUGCACCAGAGAGAAUAAAGGAAAAAACUUCCAGCAAAGAAACUGCCUUGAAAGAUUCGCCCUCAAAAACUUUAAACGUAGAGAGAAAAUCCUCCCAACAGCACUGGUAUCGGAGCAACAUAGCAGAAGAAGGCAAAGUUCCUCACAUCAGGAUGGAUGAUGGAUCUGAUAUCCAGGAAAUCUAUACCUUUGGAAGAGUGUUGGGACAAGGGAGCUUUGGCAUGGUCUUUGAAGCUGUAGACAAGCAAACAGAAAUGAAGUGCGCAAUUAAAAAAGUGAACAAAGAUAAGGCUGGAAGCUAUGCUGUGAAGUUACUUGAGCGAGAGGUGAACAUUCUGAAAAGUGUAAAACAUGAACACAUCAUACAGUUGCAGCAAGUAUUUGAGACACCUAAGAAAAUGUACCUUGUGAUGGAGCUUUGUGAAGAUGGAGAGCUCAAAGAAAUCCUGGACAGGAAAGGGCAUUUCUCAGAGAAUGAGACAAGGUGGAUCAUUCAAAGUCUGGCAUCAGCUAUAGCGUACCUUCACAACAAAGACAUAGUACAUAGGGACCUAAAGCUGGAAAACAUCAUGGUUAAAAGCAGCUUCAUUGAUGCUAACAACGAGCUGAACUUGAACAUAAAGGUGAGUGAUUUUGGCCUAGCAGUGAAGAAACAUGGUGCUGGGAUGGACAGCAUGAUGCAGACCACAUGUGGCACUCCCAUCUACAUGGCACCAGAAGUUAUCAAUGCCCACGACUAUAGCCAACAGUGUGACAUUUGGAGCAUAGGUGUCAUAAUGUACUUUUUAUUAUGUGGAGAACCACCAUUUUUGGCAAGCACAGAAGAAAAACUCUUUGAAUUAAUAAGAAAGGGAGAACUGAAUUUUGAAAAUCCAAUCUGGGAUUCUGUUAGUGAUUCUGCAAAAGGUGUUUUGGGACAACUCAUAAAGGUGGAUCCUGCACACAGAUUCACAGCUAAGGAGCUACUAGAUAGCCAGUGGCUGACAGGCAAUACAGUUCCUUCAAUGAGACAAACCAAUGUAUUAGAAAUGAUGAAAGAAUGGAAAAAUAACCCAGGAAGUGACGAGGAAAACAAGACAGAUGCAAAGACUAACAGGUCCAAUCAAGAAAAGCAGAAAAGUAAACAAUACAGGGGAAAUGUCCCCAAUACCAGUAACACUGCAGAUAAAAAGGAAGAAAAACAGUCCACUUCUGUUCCAGAGAAUUUGCCUGAAACCAGUAGGAAGGCAGACACGAAUGACAACGUGUGCUCCUCAGACCAGACCUCCUCCAGCAAAGCCCUUUCUGUUGAACUCAAGGGAGAGGAGCGAAGUCCCAGGAUAGUAAGCCAGGGAACCACAUCCAAGCACACCACGAAAUCCUCCUUUCUGUCUCGAGGCAAAAAGAAACUCUGAGGUUCCUUCUGGUGUGGCACAGGACGGGAAGAAGUUUGUUUCGGGGCCCAAGGGAGGGAGAGGAGCGCAGAGGCAGGCCACACUGAGCCGUCAGCCCCCGGCUCUGCAGAGCCCGCCAGCGUCUGCACCAGCUUAAGACUGAAGCCAGGCAUCUCUAAAGCAGCAUGCGCUGCACGGGCCAUUAAAGGGCAGCUUCCAACAGGCCUGACAGCAGGCUGUGGCUGACACCAACCCCAGGUAAUCACGGUUGCUUAGGGACAGGUGCCCCCAGUACAAAGCUGUGGGCAUGCUUGCUCAGUUUUACUCUGAAUUCUUAUAUUUAGGCACAAUUAUUUGUUAGGGAAAACAAGAGGCCGAAAGUGGUAAUGGAGGUUUCAGAAUAAUUCUGUGUGCCUUGCAGUAGAGGACUCCAUCUGAAGAUGACUCACGGAAUCACCACACACGUGUGGCAGAAGUGCCUCAUUUCCUCACAUGUGUUUUUGUGACUGUAGUUGCUAGAGAUUCUUUAAGAAAACUUAUUUUAAAUAUAGGAAAAUAGGACAUUUUGUUAUUACUUGCCAUUAACUUGCUGCUAAAUUUCUAAUGUAUUAAUUAAAUCAAUAAAAACCAGUUUGCUACC